AUGGCGGACGACAACCCAGCGCGCGAAGAUGAGCAAUUGGAGGAAGAGGAGGAGCUCGAUGACAGUGGAUAUAAAACAGUGAAAGAUGCCGUCCUCUUUGCGAUCGAAGUCAGCGACUCUAUGCUCUCUCCUCGUCCGUCGGAAGAUCCCAAAAAAUCGUCCGGCGAAUCACCAACCACCGCCGCGCUGAAGUGCGCAUACCAUUUGAUGCAGCAGCGGAUCAUUUCCAAUCCUCAUGAUAUGAUGGGGGUCCUAUUGUACGGCACACAGGCAUCCAAGUUUUACGACGAAGAUGAAAACAGCCGAGGCGAUCUGUCAUACCCCCAUUGCUAUCUCUUCACGGACCUGGACAUUCCAUCCGCUCGGGAAGUGAAGGACCUCCGAGCGUUGGCCGAAGAUGAAGGUAAAACGAGAGAUGUGCUCGUUCCAUCCACAGAACGAGUCUCCAUGGCGAACGUUCUCUUCUGCGCCAACCAGAUCUUUACCUCCAAGGCGCCAAAUUUUCUCUCUCGACGGCUGUUCAUCGUGACGGACAAUGACAACCCCCAUGGUGACAACAAAUCUCUCCGGUCUGCGGCGACGGUCCGAGCCAAGGAUCUCUACGACCUUGGCGUCAUCAUUGAGCUCUUUCCCAUCUCGCGUCCAGACCAUGACUUUGAUACCAGCCAAUUCUACGAUGACAUUAUCUACAAGACCUCCCCCACCGAUCCUGAAGCUCCCUCAUACCUGAAGCUUGACUCCAAAGAUACGACCGCUACCGCCGACGGCAUCUCCUUACUCAAUACACUGCUCUCGAGUAUUAACUCCAGAUCGGUUCCCCGCCGUGCCUAUGUUUCCAACAUACCACUAGAGCUAGGGCCAGACUUCAAGAUAUCUGUUUCGGGAUAUCUUCUAUUUAAGCGGCAGGAACCCGCCCGAAACUGUUUUGUCUGGCUUGGUGGCGAGAAACCCCAAAUUGCAAAAGGAGUCACCACCCAAAUCGCAGACGAUACCGCUCGGACAAUCGAGAAAUGGGAGGUCAAAAAAGCAUACAAGUUCGGCGGCGACCAGGUCAGUUUCUCUCCCGAGGAGCUCAAGGAACUGCGCAAUUUCGGCGACCCUGUUAUCCGCAUCAUCGGGUUCAAGCCCCUCUCAGCUCUUCCCUUCUGGGCAAACGUCAAACACCCGUUCUUCAUCUAUCCUUCCGAAGAAGACUUCAUUGGAUCUACGCGCGUGUUCUCCGCCCUUCAUCAGACGCUGCUUCGCGACAAGAAGCUGGCGCUGGUGUGGUUCAUUCCUCGCAAGAACGGAGCCCCGGUCCUCGGUGCGAUGAUUGCCGGCCAGGAAAAGCUCGAUGAAAAUGGAGUGCAGAAAUUCCCUCCCGGCAUGUGGAUCAUCCCCUUACCUUUCGCCGACGAUGUACGACAGAACCCGGAAACGUCGCUCAGUGUCGCUCCGGAACCGUUAAUCGACCAAAUGCGCUUCAUAAUCCAACAACUGCAGCUACCUAAGGGAGUGUACGAGCCCUCCAAAUACCCGAAUCCUUCGCUUCAAUGGCACUAUCGGAUUUUGCAAGCUCUUGCGUUGGACGAGGAUCUCCCCGAGCAGCCGGAAGACAAGACAGUACCCAAAUACCGCCAAAUCCAUAAGGUGCGUUUGCAUCCCAUUCGAUCCCUGUGGCUUGACUCGACCGUGACUAACAGCUCUAAGCGUGCUGGAGAAUAUGUGCUGGACUGGGCCGGCGAGCUCGAGAAGCAUUAUGCCAAGAUCGCCGCCCCUGGCCCGAACAGCACCCUCGCGAAACGAACCGCAAAGGACCGGGCGGCAGAAACCGAAGACGGCGCCGCGAAGCCAUCGAAACGCAUCAAGGCAGAAGCCACUCCCAGCGGCAUUGACGACGAAGUCCACCAUCACUACCAGAAGGGGACUGUCGCAAAACUUACGGUGGCCUUGUUGAAGGAGUUCCUUACGUCGCAUGGUCGUUCCGCUGCGGGCAAGAAGGCGGAUCUGGUGGAACGAGUGGAGGAGUAUUUUGAUCGGAAGUAG